AUGUGUUAUGUAUCGGACCGUAUCAUCCGGGUCGGUGGGGGUCUGCACACUAGCUGGGACUGGACCAGACCCUUUGAGCAAGAUCAAGAAAUUGCUGAAUUUUCGGAGUUGACGGACCUGCUGAUUUCGGUCUCAAUUUCGGAAAAUCAGGAUGUUCUCAGGUGGGGCUUAGAUACAUCGGCUGUAUUCUCAGUUCGAAGUGUGAAAUCAGUAUUAAAAAUUUGUAAUAGGCUGCAGCCACAUUACUCGUUCGUAUGGAAUAAGUGGGUGCCGAAAAAGGUGGGUUUUGUUGCUUGGCGAGCUGAAAAGGAGCGUCUUCCCACGAGGAUGGCUUUGGCUCAAAGAAAUAUUCAAGUAAAUUCGGAUAGGUGCGCCAUAUGUGGAGACUAUGCGGAGACGAGCGAGCAUUUAUUUGUAUCAUGUCACCUUGCACAAACGGUUUGGGCUCUUAUUACACAAUGGUGCAAAAUACCCGUGUUUUUUGCCUUUGGCAUAAAGGACAUUCUAGAUCUGCAUUUAUUCGUGAAAAGUUCUACAAAGAAAAAGAAGAUUAUCCAGGCCAUUGUUCAUGUCACAUUUUGGAGUAUUUGGGCUGCAAGAAACAAACUCAUUUUUGAUGGUUCCUAUCCAGAGGUAUCAAAGAUUUUGGAGGAAGUGAAGGUUAUGAGUUAUCUAUGGGUCAAAAAUCGUUCAAAGGAUGCUGCGAUUACGUUGGAGAGCUGGAAAAGAUUCGAUGAUUUCGGUUAA